AUGAAUUCGAGUGAUCAUAAUAUUAUACCGACUUCAGGUGCCCCACCGAUACCCAUUACGUCAUCUGAGGAUUCAAAUCGUGGUAAUCAACAUCAGACCACGACCACAACAGUUCCAACGGAUUUGAGAGUAAAUCCAACUGCGUUAAAUGCAGUUGCAUUAUCAAGUGUUGCCAAAUAUUGGGUACUCACUAAUUUACUACCUGGACCAAUACCACAGGUUUCAGUUUAUGGCCUUCCAACCACCACAACAACCACAAAGGUUGAAAAUGGAAAAUCUGGACAGGAUACAAUGUUUCAACAACAUUCUAGUAUAUUAUCAACGGACUCCUUACUGUUACCACAUCAUAAUUCCAGUUUAACUACAAGUGGUCUAAACACCCAACAAGUACCAGUUAGUAUUUCAACAUCACAAGGUGUCACAAAUAUCACAAUACCAACAUCAAUGUCACAUCUACAAACUGUUGACACCAGUAAUCAACAAGUGAAUCAACAAAAUGAUAAUUCACAUCAUAACCAACAACAAAGCAAUGAGCAACAGCAUCAACAAUUAAAUAAUUCUAAUUCGAAUCAACAGCAUCAACAAAAUCAACAAAGCAUUGUACAAGUCCAAGUACAAGACAACUUAGUGAGUGUUAUUGAAGAACAAAAAGAUACAAAAGCACAUUUAGCACAUUUAACGCAAGAAUUGAAUCAACAGGAAGAGAAUCAAUUCAAAAUCGAGAAUCAACAACAAAAUUUAACUGUUCAACAGUUACAACAAUUAGGUGUUCAUCAUGUCUUAGAUGAAUCCGUGCUAAAAUCUGAUAAUUCUUUAACGAUCCAACAAGAAAGUGAUCCAUUACAGAUUGUUAAAGAUGAAAAAGAUAAUUCAGCGAAAUUAUUAAGUGGAGCACAAUUUCAGAUACCUGAUUUAAAGACUACGGGACAUCAUAUGAUGGACGUGCGCACUGUUGAUGGCAGUAUCGUUAAAAUAUCAACUGGAAUUCAAGAACAAGAUCUUGCGAAAACACUUGGUGUUGAAAUGGUGUCUAGUAUGUACAAGGUAAAUGUUGAAGAUAUCAACCAACUACUAGCGUAUCAUGAAGUUUUUGGUAAAUUACAAAAUGAUAUCACUCCAACCUCACCAAUUGUCACGCAAAAUAGUACGCAUAUUGUUACAAACACAUCGGCCGCUGUAACCGGAAAUGUAAAUAUUCAAUCACCAAAUUUAAAUAUUGUAAAAACAGAUCAAGAAGUGACGACUACUACACUAAACCCAGCGACAGAUGCAUCCGGGGCUGUGGUUAGUACGGGAACACAUGUAUGUGAUUUAUGUGGAAAAAUGUUUCCAUUCCGCUAUCAAGUUAUUGUACAUCGACGGUAUCAUGCUGAACGAAAGCCUUUUACCUGUCAAGUUUGCGGCAAAGCAUUUUCAUGUGCCGCAGAAUUGACAGGUCAUGGAAAAUGUCAUUUAGGUGGUAGCAUGUAUACGUGUGCGAUAUGCUUUCACGUAUUUGCUAAUGCUGCCUCUCUAGAACGACACAUGAAAAGGCAUUCCACUGAUAAACCAUACGCAUGUACAAUUUGUGGGAAAUCAUUUGCACGUAAAGAGCAUUUAGAUAAUCAUACACGGUGUCAUACAGGUGAGACCCCAUAUCGAUGUCAGUAUUGUGCGAAAACGUUUACACGCAAAGAGCAUAUGGUGAAUCAUGUACGUAAACAUACCGGCGAAACACCUCAUCGUUGCGAAAUCUGUAAAAAAUCAUUUACACGUAAAGAACAUUUCAUGAAUCACGUAAUGUGGCAUACCGGAGAAACGCCACAUCAUUGUACACUUUGUGGUAAGAAGUACACCCGGAAAGAACAUUUGGCGAAUCAUAUGCGAUCCCAUACAAACGAUACACCAUUUCGGUGUGAGAUUUGUGGAAAAUCAUUCACACGAAAAGAACAUUUCACGAAUCACAUUAUGUGGCAUACAGGUGAAACACCGCAUCGGUGUGAUUUCUGUUCGAAAACAUUUACACGUAAAGAGCAUUUGUUGAAUCAUGUGCGUCAACAUACCAAUGAAUCACCACAUCGGUGUGGAUACUGUUCGAAGUCGUUUACACGUAAAGAGCACUUAGUUAAUCAUGUGAGACAACAUACUGGAGAAACACCUUUCCGAUGUAGUUAUUGUCCAAAGGCAUUCACACGUAAAGAUCAUCUAGUAAAUCAUGUGCGUCAACACACUGGUGAAUCACCGCAUAAGUGUACAUAUUGUACGAAAAGUUUUACGCGUAAAGAACAUUUGACAAACCAUGUGCGCCAACAUACAGGUGAAUCGCCACAUCGUUGUCAAUAUUGUUCAAAAUCAUUCACACGUAAAGAACAUCUUACAAAUCACGUUCGAAUACACACCGGUGAAUCGCCACAUCGUUGUGAAUUCUGUCAGAAGACAUUCACACGUAAAGAGCAUUUAACCAAUCAUUUACGGCAGCAUACGGGAGAAACACCUCAUUGUUGUAACGUGUGUUCAAAACCGUUUACGCGUAAAGAACAUUUAAUCAAUCACAUGCGUUCACACACUGGUGAACGGCCAUUUGCUUGUACCGAGUGUGGUAAAUCGUUCCCGCUAAAAGGAAAUCUAUUAUUCCACCAACGAUCGCAUAACAAAGGUGCAAACGCUGAAAGACCAUUUAGAUGUGAUUUAUGUCCGAAAGAUUUUAUGUGUAAAGGUCAUUUAGUGUCACAUAGACGAUCACAUAGUGGUGAAAAACCGCAUGCAUGUCCCGAUUGUGGUAAAACAUUUGUUGAAAAAGGUAAUAUGUUACGUCAUAUGCGUAAACAUAAUACUGAUGCCGCAAAUAGCACGACAAAUUCGGCGGUGACAACAAUAGCAGCUGUUGCUGCCAAUACUGUGGUGACAAAUGUUACAACAGCUCAAGUACAACAACAACAGCAGCAAAAUUCACAAACUAAUCAGAACACAACUAGUUUACAAAUACCACAAGUGACACAAUCGCAACAAACUUUGGCGGCUCAAGUGGCCGCAGCUAAUCAAGCUGGUGUUAUUUCACAAACGGUACCCACUGUUGGCCAUAUGCAAAUACAUCAACAAGGUAAUCGACCUGUUGUUGUACCCACACCAAAUGGUAAUGUUUUAGCGUCUUAUUAA